AUGUCCGUAUCAGCCUCGAUUCCCGACACCUCGCUUGGUCUCACCUCCUCCGAGAUCCAGAUCCUCCGCCAGCAACAACAGCUCGCCCUGCAGAGUGGCCAUGUCGGCAAUGGGGGUCCCAGAGGCAGAGGCACCGGGCGAACCAGCAAUUCCAGUUCGCGCGCCACCAGCGCCGCCAGCGCCGCCAGCAGUCAGGGACGAUUACUUCUGGAUCCCAUGAGCUUGCGCGCCCUGUCGCAUCAGUUGGAUGGCUUACAAGAGCAGAUUCGGAGUCGCAUCGACUUUCUGGAGGAGCAGAUGCAACUAUCCAUCCAAAACACCUACGAUCGCGCCGGAAAUGUCAUUCAGAACGCCGACGCCGAAAUCGCCCGCACGCGAGCCAUCCUGGCGUCUGUCGACGACCUGGAGAACGAGCUGGCUAAAAUCGGACAUAUACGAGAAAUCGUGAAAGCGUAUCGCGCGCGGAUCGAAGGUCUCGACCAACGUCUUGACCAAGCCGCCGCCCGUCGCCGACGAUGA